CUGCCGGCCGCCGCUCAGCGACCCCUGGCCGCCGCCCGGCGCCCCUCCCUCCAUCCCGGCUCUGCCCUAUUGUUCUCCGUUCCCUCGCUCCCUCCCUCCGCCCGGGGCUCUCGUUCCUCCCCGUUCUCCUCCUUCCUUCCCUCCCUUCUCUUCUCCCGCUCCCUCCGUCCCCUCCCGCUCCCCGGAGCCGCCGUCACGCUCCCUCUGAAGGCGCGGUUGAUGAUGGCUGCAGCGGCCGUGCCGCCGGCCUCCAGCUAACGGCCGCGAUGGAGCCGGCCGGCCUGCUGCGGUUCCUGAGGAAGCUCAAGGAGGUUUUCGACGUGUGCGACGAGGAUGCGGACGGCUUCAUCCGGGUGGAGCACUUCGUGGCCCUGGGGCUGCAGUUCGGACAAGGAGAUGAGGUGGAAAAACUGGCAAAGUACUUGGACCCAAAUGAUUUGGGAAGAAUCAAUUUCAAGGACUUCUGCCAUGGAGUUUUUGCUAUCAAAGGCUGUGAAGAGUUACUGAGUGAUGUCCUGUCUCCUGAAAACUCUGGGCCUCAGCACUAUGAGCUGCAGUACGAUGAUUACUAUUACCAGGGUGGUGAAAUCCAGGACUGCGCCUACUUGGACAGCGAAGGCAUCUACAGCGAGUCGGAGCUCUUUCCCGAUGAGGACACAAUGACUCUAGCACAGCAGGAGGUUCACCAUGAAUCUGACAUGGACAGUGCUAUUGAGAGUGCCCAGAGCUCAGAGGCCUCUGAUGUGUGUCGGAGCGAGGAGAAGGAUGGCAUGCUUGGUGUGCUGUUUCUGCAUGAUGACAAGGCAAGUCCUCACAACCCUUCUGCAGCAUCUGACCUCUCCACUUAUUCCACCACCUCUCUGAUCAGUAAUGAAGAGCAGUUUGAAGACUAUGGGGAAGGAGAUGAUGUGGAUUUUACUCCCAGUAGCCCCUGUCCUGAUGAUGAGACCAGAACCAACGCCUACUCUGACCUUGGCUCAUCUGUAUCUUCCAGUGCUGGCCAAACUCCCCGAAAAAUGAGGCAUGUUUAUAACAGCGAGUUACUGGAUGUUUACUGCUCACAGUGCUGCAAAAAGAUUAAUCUACUCAACGAUUUGGAAGCCAGGCUGAAAAACUUGAAAGCAAACAGCCCUAACAGGAAAAUAUCAAGCACAGCUUUUGGAAGGCAGCUCUUCCACAAUAGCAACUUCAGCAGCAGUAAUGGCAGCACAGAAGACCUGUUCAGAGAUAGUAUAGACUCCUGUGACAAUGAUAUAACUGAAAAGGUAACAUACCUAGAAAAAAAGGUUACAGAAUUGGAAAAUGAUAACCUGACUAAUGGGGAUCUGAAGAGCAAACUGAAACAAGAGAAUACGCAGUUAGUUCACAGAGUUCAUGAGCUGGAAGAGCUAUUGAAAGACCAAGAGACGUCAGCAGAACAAAACCUGGAAGAAGAGAUAAAGAGACAUCGAGAAGCUUACAGCAAGUAUGAAAAAGAGAAAGGCACUGAAAUUGAACUGCUGAAUACAAGGGUUCAGCAACUGGAAGAAGAAAAUGGUGAGCUGAAAAGCACCGUCAUGCGGCUGAAAUCACAAACAGAGAGAUUAGAUGAGGAAAGGCAACGCAUGAUGGACAAACUGCGACAGAACAGACUGGAAUUCAACAAAGAGAGGGAAGCCACACAGGAGCUUAUUGAAGACUUGCGAAAAGAACUGGAGCACUUGCAGCUCUACAAGCUGGAAUGUGAGCGUCCUGGACGCGGGAGAAGUUCCUCAUCCAGCGUGAGUGAAUUCAAUGCUAAAACCAGAGAGGUGGAAAUGGAGCAUGAAAUAAAACGGCUGAAGCAGGAGAAUCAGAAACUUCGUGACCAAAAUGAUGAUCUUAAUGGACAGAUUCUUAGUCUGAGUAUUUAUGAAGCUAAAAAUCUCUUUGCAACACAAACAAAAGCUCAGUCACUGGCUGCUGAGAUUGACUCCGCAUCAAGAGAUGAGCUCAUGGAAGCCCUUAAAGAACAGGAAGAGAUCAAUUACAGAUUACGACAAUAUAUGGACAAGAUCAUUCUGGCAAUCCUAGAUCACAACCCCUCUAUCUUGGAAAUAAAGAAUUGAAGAGAAUACAAAAAGGAAAAGCAGCAACUGCCCUAUAUUUCUACACAUGCCACUGGAUCUAAACAACACUCUGAUACUGUAAAUUAAUCUAUAAAUAUAUAUAUAUAUAUAUACACUACAUGUGAGUGUGGGUGCGCGGGUGUGUUUAUAUGACAUUUGGUACACUGUUAUUUGUCAUCGAAUUGGCUUGGUUAGACUUCCUUGCACUUUCAAUUACCUGUGUCAAGAUAGAUACUGUAUAUUAAUGUAAUAACAAUAUAACUGGAUUAUGCUGUUUUAGAUACUGGAUAAAAUGACUCUACCUCUAGUUGUAAAGGUGGAAGAAAGACAGUGGACACAUAUGGAUGUGAGCCUGACUUUAGGAGCAAGAUUUGUUCUUUUGUUCUUCCAGGAAUUUGGGUACCACAAAGCAAACAUUAUACCCAGGUUCAGUUCCUAACCGGUGCUGACUGUGUAAUUUCCUGUUCAAUUAAGCUUUAUUGCUUAAACAACAUCCAGGAAAAGAACAUCAGUGGAAAAGGAAAGACAUAAGGUAAACAGAAAGAAGUGGAAGACAUUGUUGAAUUAUUGCUAUCUGUAAAAUCACCAUCCAUCUGUUUGCCACUGUCAGCACCAAGUGCUUUCUAUAGAUGAUCACUCUGCUUUGGGAUGCUUUGAGCCAACCCACUCUUUAGUGUGUGUGUGCACAUGUGUAUAUUUUAUGCCAGGGUUCCUGUAGCACUGAGUCUAGGAAUCUUUUCAACUCUAUUCCCCUAUUUUCAGGGGUUCAUUGUAGAAUGGCAGGAGUUGGAAGGGACUUUAAAGCUUGUACAGAUCGUACCACCCACCUACUAGAUCAGGCCAGCCUGGCCUUGAAUGCCUCCAGGGAUGGGGCAUCCACUGCUUCUCAAGGCAGGCUUGUUCUCCUGCUUCUCCACCCUCUAAGUAAAGGAUUUCCUCUGAACAGCAAACUUGAAUCUUCCUCUCCUGCUUUUCAAAAUCAUUCCCCUUUGUCGUUUUUAUCAGACUGUAAAAAAUGGAUCUCCCUCUUAUUUAUAAGCUCCUUUUAUAUACUGGAAUGCUGAAGUGAGGUUUCCCUGGAACCUUUUCUUCUCCACGCUGCACAAGCUCAGCUCCUUUAUUGAUCCUUUACAGGAGAGGUGAUUCAGCCCUCUCAUCUUCGUGGCCUUCUCUGGACACACUCAUAACAGCACCACAUCUUGUGCUGGUCACCAUAUGCCAGAUGGGGCCUCAGGGGCAGAGCAGAGGGGGACAGUCACCUCCCUCACCUUGCUGGCCAUCCCUCUUUGGAUGUGGCCCUACCCACUGUUGUACAGUCGACCUUCUGCUACUGACCCAUGUCCAGCUUUUUGUCCAUUGCUCACUGCUUGAGCCUGUCCUUCUCCAGUUCUUUCCUUCUGCAGUGUGGGUAGCACAUGGGCUGUUCAGAUGAAUUCUGCAAUCCUGUAUCUUUGUAAUUUUAGAUAUUCCACAGAAGGAGCGUAUUUCAGUUCUAAGAAAAUAAUACAAUAUGUGUUAAGUUGCUUUCCUACCAUCAGACACUGCAUUCCUCGGAGACUGACAUUUUGUGGACAAGCUGUGGGAAAGGCAACCUGGGUCCUAACGCGGCGAUAGGGGAAGUCUCAUGUGAAGUGGCUUUUACUUCUAGGGCAGUAAAAGAUAGAAGAGCUUGGUCUUGCAAAAGCUGUCAAUCCAGACUGAGGACACACGUGCUUGUCUGGAGCUCUGAGUAGGGAAUGUGAUCUGAUUUACACGAGCAGUUGUGUGAGUGCUUAACUUUAAACAUGUACUGUGACUGCUCAUAGAAGUCAGUGGGACAGGACAUAAAGCUUUAAAAUUGAGCGUCUGCUUAAUUGCUGCCUUAAGUAGGGAUGGGCUUCAGCAUGUGCCUGUGUUUUCCUGUGCUGAAUCUCUGUACUGUAGGGCUAGGACCCUUGUAAUUAAUAACGUGGCUUAUAUAAAAGAAGCUUAUGGAAUUGUCUGAUAAUUGGAUACUUAAGCAAUUUUUAUUCCGUGUGCUUUUUUUUUAAGGUAAAAAUUUCCCACUUCAGAAUUCUUUGCGAUUGAUGCCGGCUGGCACACAAAAAUAGGCCCUUCCUAAUAGUGAUCUGGCUCUGCCCAAUGCCUGGAGAUGUUUCCUCUAUUGAAUACACUCCCCAGGAGAAUGUUACAGUAGCAGUGGCUGUGCUUUUCCUUGUAUAUCUUGCCCUGGGCAGCCUUGCCCCUAGUAUUCUCUUGAUGUAUCUUGGUGUGUAUAUGUGAUACAUUUUUGCUGAAUUUGAAUACAUCUAUGUAUUCAGUUAUGGGUGUAAAUAUAUAUAUUUUUUUCUGCGGUUUUUGUGUUCUUGCCUUCAGUGACGUUGCUGGAGUGUUGGGAAGGGGAGGGGGAGCGAUACUGAAAUUAGGCUUUGUUGAAGGCAAGAAAAUAAAAGCAAUUUGUUUCUAUGUAUCUGCAGUAGGCAGGUGUAAAGUAACUGGAAAGCCAGAGGGAGCAGAGGAAUAAUCAUGGGAUGCAACAUCCCAGAAGCAAAGAAGUCAGUAGGACUUCAGUGCACUGGGAGAAAUGAUACAGUCUUGAUCAAACAGAGAAGUCUCAAGGCUGGAUUCCUGAGGCUACAGGGUAAUCUGAAGGAAGGGAUUUAAGGACUAUCCCUUUACCAGCUGGGAACGGUGUAAAAUGUUCUCUGCUAAAUUGCAGCAGCUUCUGUGUGUGGAGAAACAGGUGGAUCACCCCACAGUACACCCUGUUCCCACCACUGCUGCUUCUGGAUGUGCCACCCAGCAGGUAGGACAGAGUUAAACCAGGUUGGUGCUGCCUACAGAUACCUGCCAGGAGGACUCUUCACCUGAUAUUCAGUGAUGAUGCCUCCAUCUGCAUGGUGCUGUUAGUGAAUUGUGCCAAGGACUUUGCUCUUCUUGUAGGCCACUGAGAACUGUUUCAGUUGUUGGGUGGCUGUUGCUCAUGUCCUGUGUUGUGCAGGGCUGGGUGAGCCAGCAGCCCUGCUAAUGGGACUUACUGCUUGGUAAGUUACACGUCUGUCCCACUCUCCUGCUCUGGAUUUACACGUGUGAAGCUGUUGCAGGUCAGACUGGUGACUGAAUGUUUUUCCCCUGAAUAUUUUGAUGUAAACUGGACUCAACUUUAAAAUUUUAAUCAUCUAAAACCCCAUUCUUGUUGGGUCAGCAAAUGUUGAGGACUAGGACUAGUCUGCAGAACGCUGUGCUGAGCACUUGGGAAGCAGCACACACAGCUGGCUUCAUUGAACCUGCAGAGCUGAAGGGCUCGAGUGGAAGAAAUGAAUGUGGUAAUAUCCAAGAUUCUGGGCAGGUAAAUAUGUAAAAGGUUAAUGGCUACUGAUAGUGACUGAGCACUGCAUGGCUGCAAUCCUGGGAACGCCAUGUUAGCUGAGAGUGCACAGCAGUGAAUUUCCCACAGAUGUGCAGGACUUCUGCUCAGCUCUGCACACAGCUGAUUCAGAAUUUAAGGGUGUUCAUUCCUUGCUCCGCAGUGUCGGCAUUUGAAGAGGUUUCUUACCGCCACAUUGGUGGUGUCUGUAGCUUCGUUGUACUGCAUUAGGAAGUUUCGAUUCCAUACCUGUGGGGCUGUUGGCAUGGUGCUGUUUUCAAUUAGCUCUCAAAUACAUAUCCAGACACUUUCUGUGUUUCACAAGUAACGUGAGUUGGAGGUGGGAGAUCCAUUUCUUUGGCAGAUACGUUUUCCUCUACGGUAUCCACCUCUAAAAAUAACUAGUUGGCAAUGGCAUUUUUUAGCUGUCUGAUAAUAGCUCACCAGUAACUACAGGCACUAGGCCAAACCUGGGAGAACCUUUCCAUCCUAUAAAAUCAGUCAUCACAUUCUAUGACAUAAAGGUAACUUGGCAGUAAGGGAGAUCAUCUUUGGUGGGUCACUGGAGCAGUGGGAAGAGUGGUUGGGUACCAGUUUUCCAGAGAAUGCAUAUUUCAGUCAGUAUUUCAAACAGAAAUAUGGUAUAAUCUUAUUCUAGCAAUACUCAAAUGCAGUAAACUUCUUGUGUUAAAGUCAUGCUUCUCAUUUAACCCUCAGGGAUGCAAACACAGUCCGAGGUACUGUCUCUUGGUCUGCUCUUUAGCUCUUUGUACUGUAGGUUCUGAAAAGCUGAGCGAUAUUCUGAUCAAACUAAUUGCAAACCACUGCAGGUAUUUUUGUAUGGUGGUAAAAAGGAAACGAGUUGCUCCUGGAUAGGAGCAGUGCUUCACCGGGCUGAUCACACACACAGGCUGCUGUGGAAAAAUACCUCCUCCAAAAAUUGCACUUAAAAAGUUCCUGAAACUUUUGGUCUUUUGGGGUGUGCUGAUAUUGGCUGCUCCACUCCAAAUACCAGCCUUCAGCUCCUGGUUUCUGAGCAUGGUGCUGAUUCAAAACUAUCUUGACAGCAGAGCAUUUUUCAGCUUUUUUAGUAACUCGUAAUAAAGACUCAAGUUGUUUGCUGUGUUUUGAAGUGUGACAGUGACAAACUGUCACCGUCCAGUCUGUUUCUAAAGGAGCCUUCAAUACAGAGAUUUGUAGCAUGUCUCAAAAACAAUCCAUACACUUUUGCUGCCAAAACUUUCCUUUUGUGGUCCUGGGAGAAAUUCAGAUGUUUCUCAUCCAGCUCUGUAGGCACUUGAGUGCAGUGUCAUUAAUUAAUGGGUGUAUCAGCAAACACCUUGCUGUCUGACUGCGGAAAGGCUCUGUUCUACUCUCCAGGAGGGGUCUUGGCCUACUGUAUUUAGACUGCCUAAUCUGUUUAGUAAUUGAGUGUUUGGAAGAUGUAAGUAAACCUUGAUUGUGGCCUGCAUCAGUCGCUGUUCAGCAGUCUCUAGGUCAUAGUGCUAAUGGCAUGCAAUGAGUCCAAGAACUAGAAUUCAUAAGUAAAUACUUCUUUUCUUCUUUAGUGGCAGUGAAUCUACAGUGUUGUUUUCUUAAGCUGCGUGGUGUGGUCUGAGGGAUGUUUUCCAAGGAAGGAAGGAAGGAAGCAGCAGCUGAUCCAACACUUACCAGAUUACAUUCACUUACAUUGAUUUCAGUGAAAACCGACUCAAACUUUAACUAAGCCGUAGCUGUGUUGGUUCUGGCAUAAGCAGUAAUAUUCAUACUCUUGUUAGGUCGUUUGGUACUUAAGGAACAUAUCCAAGAAAGCAUGACUGCUUAUGUAGCCAGCAGCUGGUUUCAAAGGCAAGGAACUGCUCAGCAGCUGCUGGCACCUUGUUCCUUGGCAGCACCUUGGGAUCGUUUUUUCAGUAUUUCUCAAUCCAAGACAUUGAUCCCAGGGCAGUUUGCUGUUGAAGUGUGUAGCAUGUGUGAGUUUCUUCUCAUUUAUUGAAACUUUGUACAUGUGUUGGUUGGAAUCCUAUAAUCCUUAUGAGGGUUCUGUUCUGCACAGAGGGAGGCUUCGCUGGGACUUCUGUGGUUAUUCUCUGUUUUAGGAGACACUGUUGGUUCAGCUGAGCACUACAAACAAAAUCUUUCAGUAAUUUAACCAAAGGCUUGUGUGUUUAGCACACAAUAAUGCGGAACUUGAGCUGUGGAUUAUAUUUAUUAGGGAUUUUUAUUAUAUAGUGACUAGAAGAGGUUUGAAACCCCCAUUGUGAGUAGCUUGUCCUUUUAAAAAGAUGUAGAGAAAAUUCUCACCUACUGCCUCUCACCCUUUGUUUUCUAUAACCACUGAAGAAGGAGGAAGGAGAGAGAAGAGUUCUGUUAUGCUGGGGGACAAAAAUAAAAAGAAAUGGAAAAGGAAGAACUGGUGGCUCCCACAGAGGAGCUCUUGUGGCUGCCCUUAGCUUACAGCAAAGGCAGGCUGUAAUUGUACCUUGUUUGCAAGGCACAAACCUACUGGCUUGGCCUAGCAAGCAUAACUCAGAUAAUGCAGCUGCCCAUUCAGACUGAAACAUCAGCAGGUUGGAUGACUGCAGCCAUUGGUGAUGGGGCAGUGUUACAUUCAUUGCCUUCCUUACACAUCUUUCUUUUUUUUCCCUUGGUUUGUUGUUUUGGUCUUGACACUUUUUUUCCAGCUGUGAGAGCAGUACACGUUGAAACGUAUCAUUAGGGAGAGAAUGUUUUUAACUUCAACUUUAGCCUAGUGAAGAAAGCGUUAAUAAACAUGGACUUCCUUGGUAUAUUUUGGUUACCUACCCCUAGGAUCUGUGUUUGUUUCUUAGGUAGGUGUUGUUAGUGGUGCAACUGUGACAUUGGAGCUGUCAGCUUUCACAUCACUGCUCUCAGCAGAGUGAAAUUCACCCUGGCAAACCUCUGCAAAGCCCACUGUGCCCCAGCCAAGGGCAGAGGAGGGACUGCUCUGGUAGACACACAUUCAAUACACAGUAAGAAAUGGAUGCAGGAGGGCUGCAGUUACUCUUCCACCCAGGCAGUUGGAGCAGUGACUGUUACACCACCCAACGUCAGCUCCGUUUGAUUUAAUCCUUUAUCCUUAGUUGAAUUAUUCUGGCUUUGGAGAAAGGAAGUUGGAAGGGAGGAUUUGGUUUGGUGUGAACACUUCACCGUGCUACGGGACAGCCAAUGUUGCACUUACGGUAUGUUUCAGUUCUGUGAUGUUCUGAGAAUGACUGUAAACCCACCUGUGGGAGCUGUUGGUUUUGCUUUGUUGCACAGGUCGUACUUCCAUUUUCUGCAUGGUUAGACAUUGUAGUAUUUGUGCCUUUGACUUCUCUGUUGUGAGAAUGCACUGUAUUUACAAUGCACUGUAUCUACACAUCUCAUCUGCUGCUUUGGGUACUUUUUAUAAAAGCUUUUUCUUUUUUUCCAUUUGAUCUUCAUUUGAGAUUUUCACGUCAUGUAAAUGUCUGUAUAUACAGAAUAGCUCAGAUUUGUAUUCAUGUGCCUGAGGUGUAAAAAUAUACUCAUUUUCUACAGGUUUUUUUAGAAGCACGCGGUCAUGUUUGAAAUUCCUUAGCAAACGGGAUGGAACACAACCAGCAGCUCUUUGUUUUGUCUCAGCCACGUGCUGUCAGGGCGCUGUAUCUUCACGGCAGCAUCUCACACACUCCCUGGGUUGUUCUGGUGUCACCAUGAGCCCAGUUCUGUCUGCUUGUUAGUUCUGGUUCAUUGGAAAUAAAGCACCCAGCUGUGCGUUAAGGUCCUGCCUCCAUGCUUGUAGUUUUUAUUCACAUCAGACAUUAUUUGAAAUGGACAUCAGACAAAAACCUGUGAACGCGUUGCCCAUUUUAGGUUCAUUUCAGUUCCGGGGUUAUUUUAGUGGAAGUGGGUGAUUGAUUUACUUUGACUAUUGCAAUUAAAAAGCAAACAGCAGUGCCAAUGUACAGAUCCUCCUCCUUAGGGUAAAACACUUUGGAUUUCUGCUUCCCUUCCUGCCUCCUGUGGCUGCUUUUCCUAAGGAAGGACUCUGGGUCUGCACAGCUGGAAGCGUGUGAAAAGCACGAAGGUAACGGGGCAGAGUUUCUUACCCUGAUGGCAAAUUGUCCCUUACCCACCUGUGUUAGACGUGAGCGAUGGAGCUUUUCCCGUGUAGCAGCUGCAGGGUAAACUCUGCUCUGCUGCAAAACAUCGGAGCGCUGCCCCCCCCGCAUGGUCAGAUGAUUGAAUUGUUCCCUCUUGUGUCUUACGGAGCAGCCGGUGAUGAGCACCGAUAGGGAAUGGUACAAAAAGCAGCGUCUGCUGAUGGCCCCAUCCCGAAUUGUGAUGUAUCGAAUGCAAUGUUCCCUCCUCGGAGAGCCGAAAUCUUUAACCCGAAUCCGCUGCAUCCUCAGCCCGUGGAGCCGCCUCAGAGGGGUUUUAUUUUUGACUUGAAGGGCGGCCGGGUUUGAAGCUGAGCAAAAUCCAUUUGCUCCAUCGCUACAGAAGGAAGGAAACAGCCAGAAAAAUAACAGCACACGCUUCUUUGUAACUUCAUUCUGUAAUUUACACCACCCGCGAAGCGCUGUCGGUCCUGUUGCACUGUGCUAUUUUCCCUGUAUUUUCUUGAAGUACUUUAUGGGGCCAAUAAAGCCAUCUCUGCUCCGUGAA